CGUCCGUCUCCUUCUCCUCCUUCCCCUCCCGGCCUCCAAUUGUCUUCCUCCCGCCUCCCCUCCCCUUGAAGCUUCCCACGCCUCAGCCCGGAGAACCCUAGGGGAGCGCGCACAAGCUUGCCAGCGUCCAAGCAUGGAGGCGACGGCGCCUACCGCGGGCGCCGGCGCCAACGGUUCCGUGGCGGCGGCGGCGGCGACGGCGCAGGUGGGGCCGCCCACGAACCCCAUGGCGACGGCGCUGCUCACCGAUCAGUACCAGUUCUCCAUGGCCUACGCCUACUGGAAGGCCGGCAAGCACGCCGACCGAGCCGUGUUUGACCUGUACUUUAGGAAAAAUCCAUUUGGCGGAGAAUUCACUGUUUUUGCUGGUCUUGAAGAAUGUAUUAGGUUCAUUGCGAACUUUAAGUUCAUGGAAGAUGAGAUUUCUUUCCUGAAAUCAGUCAUGCCAAUGUGUGAGGAUGCGUUCUUUGAUUAUCUCAGGGAAAUCGAUUGCUCUGAUGUGGAGGUGUACUCCAUUGCUGAGGGAUCAGUAGUCUUUCCAAAAGUUCCACUGAUGAGAGUUGAGGGUCCGGUUGCUGUGGUUCAACUGCUUGAGACUCCAUUUAUAAAUCUCAUCAAUUAUGCCUCUUUGGUAACCACCAAUGCUGCACGACACCGUCAUGUUGCUGGAAAGUCAAAGGUUCUAAUGGAAUUUGGUUUAAGACGAGCGCAGGGGCCUGAUGGUGCAAUAAGUGCUUCGAAGUAUUGUUUUAUGGGUGGCUUUGAUGCAACCAGUAAUGUAUUGGCUGGACAUCUAUUUGGCAUACCACUCCGUGGAACACAUUCUCAUGCUUAUGUUAGCUCAUAUAUGAACCUCAGUGAGAUCCCAGACAGGACCCUAAGGAACAAAGAUGGUUCAGGAAUCUGCAAGGAUUUUGUUACUUUAGUGCAACAGUGGCUACACAAGAUUCAGGUAGCAGAUUCAUUGUCCAGUGUUUUUGGCGACACAAAUCAAAGUGAGCUGGCUGCAUUUGCAUCCUAUGCAUUAGCUUUUCCAAGCAACUUCCUAGCUCUUGUGGACACGUAUGAUGUUAUGCGGAGUGGGAUUCCAAAUUUCUGUGCAGUAGCUCUAGCACUCCAUGAUUUAGGGUAUAAAGCAUCCGGCAUCAGAUUAGAUUCUGGUGAUCUGGCGUAUCUUUCUAUCGAAGCUCGAAAAGUGUUUCACGCAAUAGAAAAGGAGUUUAACAUACCUGGUUUUGGGAAGAUGAUCAUUACUGCUAGCAAUGACCUGAACGAGGAGACGAUUGAUGCCCUGAACAAACAGGGUCAUGAAGUUGAUGCCUUUGGUAUUGGAACUUAUCUUGUAACGUGUUAUUCCCAAGCUGCUCUUGGAUGUGUUUUUAAGCUAGUUGAGAUCAACAGUAGACCUCGUAUCAAACUCUCUGAGGAUGUGGCAAAAGUCUCUAUUCCAUGCAAAAAGAGAUGUUUCAGAUUGUAUGGCAAAGAAGGCUAUCCGUUGGUAGAUAUCAUGAUACGUGAGAGUGAACCAUCACCAAAGGCAGGAGAGAGAAUCCUUUGUCGCCACCCGUUCCUUGAAUCCAAGAGAGCUUAUGUUGUCCCCCAACAUGUUGAGGAGCUUCUGCAGUGCUACUGGCCUGGGAGUUCAAAUAAACCUAGAGCAGAGCUGCCCUCACUGGAGAAUAUCAGAAGCCGUUGCAUGCAACAGCUUGAAAAACUGCGUCCAGAUCACAUCAGGCGGCUAAAUCCGACACCUUACAAGGUGAGUGUGAGCGGAAAGCUGUACGAGUUCAUUCAUUACCUAUGGCUGAACGAGGCGCCAGUAGGCGAAUUACAAUAGAUACAUGCACAAGCUGGAGUCAGGUCAUAUUCUUGCAAGCAUAGCAAUACGUUAUACGUUAAAGAAAAUUAGGAGCUCUGGUGUUGUACUACAUGACCAUCCAUCAGCCCAUGGCCCCUUCUUUAUAGGCUAUUAUUUUUUAUCACGAAAUUCCAUUUGUACAAACUAAUUAUCAAUUAUUGGUAUGAAGGCAGGCAGAUCAGUUUACAUA